AAUUUUGCUCAUCACUAAUUAUUGAUGAGCGAAUCUGUUCUGUUUCACCUCGGUGGAAAAUUGGCAAAACUGGGAAAAAAUUCACGAAACAGCGAAAAAUUUGCGACUUUUUUGACAUGCGCAACUUUUUCCUGCUUUUUUGAUGCAACCAAAACUUUUUCCUCACUCUGAGAAUUAUUUUCGCACCAAAAUUUUUGGCGUCAUUUGGGGAAAAAAAAUCCACCAAUGGGGAAAUCCAAAAAAACGAAUCCAAACUUGAAAAAUGACAUGUUUAUCGCUACUUACUGAUUAUUUCUAACAGUUUGGAUAUUGGGGCGAGGGUAGAUCCACACGCUGCGCCAGCGACUCGGGAUUUCCGCGUUUUGCCAUUGACAGAUUGUUUUGUGAAACAGGAGCAAAAAUAACAAAAAUCACGCGCCUGUAGAAGAAAAUGCCGCGCUUUUAUACGUGCAAUAAUUUUUUUGAAGCGCAACAUUUUAGGCUUUUUGCUAAUUUUUUGCCAUUUUGUGAAUUUUUGCAAUUUUUUCGGUGAAACGGGAGAGAUUCACUCAUCACUAGGGAUGGGCGAAAUUUUUUCACCAUGUUUUGCCCCCCAAAAAAGGCCCAUAGACUGAAAUGGCAUCAAUGGCAGUAAAAGGAAAGUCGCACGGUAAGGGAAAAGUCGGCACGUGAAAAAUAAGCCCCAUUGACGUUAUUGCUUUUCACUCAUUUUUGCCAUUUGGUGAAUUUUUUCCACAAAACCGGAAUAAACGCGCUCAUCACUAUAUCACUAUAAAUGUCCCAUUUCCACUGACAAAUGAGAGAUUUUUGACUAACGCUUAUUUUCACAACAAAUAUUUGUCCCUACAUUCUUUCCCUGACCAGUCUCCAUGUUGGCACUCACUGAUUUAGCCCCUCCCCCUUGCACGCAUCAGAAGGACCGCCCCAAAUCUUUAAAAGACCAACCCCACCCCCAGCAUCUUUUUUGUCCUUCACUCCCAUUGGAAGAAUUCUUUUUUUUUUUUUUAACUUUAGGAAAGCAUUUUUCCUGCCCAUAAAGUGUCCCACCCCCAGGGACAGGGGUUGUUGGUCCCUCGGACAUUUGUGUCCCCUGGCACAUUCCCUGGCAUUCUGCAUUUCCCACCAUUUCUGCUCCUGGCUGGCAGGUAAGGGACUGCUGUGCAAUUGGUCACAUUCGCUGGGCGGGUUACAAUGUUAUGAUAAUAAAUUCCUAAUCAUGGAAUUAAUUGGGUCAUUCAUGGAACAAUGAGCAAAGGAGCCUGAUAUAUGUAGUUAUCACCCCUUUGUGAAGCGUUUCCUGGAAUCAAAUACAUUUUUCUUCCAAAUAAUGUUCCACUGGCAUCGGAUUUAUCAGUUGUCAAGUUUGAGGGAAAGAAAAGAACCUGCGGCAAAACCUCUUUUCUGAAAUAUUUAAUAAAAAAGUCUGUGGAGAAUGGGCCCAUCCAGUCGCAGAGAGUCACACGGAAACAGAUUCAUAUUCUUCCUUUACUUUCAAUGAGACGGAAAAUCUUGACUGACAAGAAAAACCGUCAUUGUGAAUUGUCUUUAAGGAUUUUUACUUUAGUUUAUGGAUUCAACCACCCCCCCAGAUUGAGCACUUUUUAAAACAAUGCCCAAACGACUGAGACGUUUCGCUCUCCUCAUGUUUAUGUUCAUGACCUGCAGAUUCUUCUACAGAAUCGCCAAUGUACAACCCUCUGCGCAUUCCCAGUGGCCCCUCCCCUCAGCCCCGCCCCCUCCCAUCAGCCCAGCGGAAGUUCUAAGAGACGGGAACGGAAUUAUAUUUAUUGAGACGACAGACAGAAUGAAGCCGCCCUCGCUAGUAUUAUGCACCAUAGAAUCUGCGGCCCGCGUGUACCGCCACCGACCCGUGGUUUUCUUCAUGGAAGGGUUACGGGACAUAACCGCAAUGAGGGACGCACUCAAGCGCCUCCCGACCCUCUCGUCUUUUCAUAACGUCCACUUGUUCCCUUUGCAAAUGGAAAGAUUAUUUCAUGGGACGCCCCUCAGACGGUGGUAUGAGAAGGUUAAUCCUGAACGUGAAAGAUACUGGACGCACGUCAGUUCCGACGGAUGCAGGUUGGCGCUUAUUUGGAGGCACGGCGGCAUUUACAUGGAUUCUGACUUCAUAUCCAUGAGGCCCAUCCCCACUGGCAACUUUUUGGCAGCCGAAUCAUCGGACUUUUCCAGUAACGGUAUUUUUGGGCUGACGCCUCGGCACUCUUUUGCCUGGAAAGGCAUGGAGAGCUUUGUGCGGAAUUACAGAGGGGCAAAAUGGGGGCACCAAGGUCCCCAACUUUUCACACGAGUUCUGAAACAAUAUUGUAUUGCCCCUCGGUUCCAGUCUACGGAGGAUGUUAAAUGUGGCGACAUCUCUAUUUUAAAAGUGAAGAGGUUCUAUCCUAUUCCUUACGAAUCUUGGAGCAGAUACUACGAGGUCUGGCAAAAUGUCCCAAAGUUCAGGGAUUCCUACGCCCUGCAUCUCUGGAACUAUUUAAAUCGAGGACAGAAAACGAUGGUUCCUGGGAGUAACACACUGGUGGAACAUCUGUACCAACUGUAUUGCCCCACGCUCUAUGGGGCUCUCAGAAGGAAUGAGAGUAUUUACGGCUAGUUAUUGGUUAGAACUCAUUAACUAGAUGGGUAUAGGUCAGGGAUCCCCAACCAGUGACUCGGGGGCAACAUGGCCUUCACCAACCCCUUGGAUGUUGCUCCCAGUGGCCUCAAAGUAGGUGCUUAUUUUUUAUUCUUGACUUGGAGGCAUAAAGACCAUGUGUAGUGCCAAACUGAGCCCCCUCGACGCUUCCAGUCCACAUUGGGCUAUCAAAAAUCCAAUUAUAGCCAUUUUUGUUCCCCUCCUAGGAACUUUUUUUUCAUUCUUGUGUUGCUCCCCAACUUUUUUUUAUAUUUAAAAAUGUUGCGCGCGGGUAACAAAGGUUGGGGACCCCUGAUAUAGGGGAUGAACUGUGUGACUGGAUGAACAUUGGAACUUGCGUACUCUGUCGCUCUGCGUGUAAUAGUUCCACGCCCCACACCUAGGAAAUGGUACCUAGGCUGCUGGUAGCUCAGAUUACACAGAGAUGGAAGGAAAUUCUGAUGGGAGGGGGAGGAGGAGAAGGGAGGGGGA